AUGAUAUUUACUGACAGUUCCUUCGCCAAUAACUGGGACUUGACCUCCCAAAUUGGCUUCCUCAUUGCCAUAGCUUCAUCUAAGUGCAAGUGGAUUACACAUAGUAUACUGGCCUCCGAGAUUUAUGGCCUCACUACUGGCUUCGACCAAGGUUUUACCCUGGCCAGUACAGUCAACAUGAUUACCAAGAGGCUCGGCCAGCCUGAGAUGCCGGUAGUAGUCUGCACGGAUUCAUACUCGCUAUAUGAGUGCCUCACGAAGCUUGGAACAACCAAAGAAAAGCGCUUAAUGAUCAAUCUCAUGGCGCUUCGCCAGUCAUAUGAGCGACAUGAGAUUGACGAGAUCCGAUGGAUCCACGGUGAUGAUAACCCUGCAGAUACCUUUACAAAGUUAAACCCGAACAAGGCCCUGCGGGACUUCAUUGGAUCUAACAAGGUGACGAUCUGGGUGGAAGGCUUCGUUGAGAGGACCAGGAUUGAUUAG